AAGCCGUUUUCGUACCUCAGGAAAGUGUGCGGAAAGUGCAAGACUCCGUGGGGACUUGCAAUGCUAGCUAGCUAGCGCCGUGGCUUGGGUUUCGCUCCAAAUGUUUAUUUGGAAUCUUUCAUUACGCUAAUGGUCGAGUUCCUAGUAGUACAGAGAUCGUUGCUCAGUGAAGGAAUCCGCGAUUCCAACUGAGUUUUUGCAAGGUGCUUCGUGGUGACCAAAGUCUGAUUUACUUCCAUUGUAAAAAAAUAUGGACGGUCGAUCGCGGAACGUUCUUUUCUUAGUUCCUGCCUUGCUAUGGCUGAUCGUGUUGCCUAGUUUGUCCAACGCCACACCUUGCCCCAGUCAGCAAUGUCAGAACGGUGCAACAUGUCUUUUGACAGGUGAUGGUAGCACAUACAUCUGCUUCUGCACCAGCUCCUGGUAUGGUCCCCAGUGCCAGUAUUCAUUCUUACAGCCCACAGAUACAUUCUAAUACAUAUGCCACCUACUAUCUCUUCCCGGUCCUAUCCUCUUCUUGUGGCAUUUCCUGCCGGUGUCUAGCCUGUUCUUCCGACUACUGCAACUACAAAGGCAAUUGCACUUAUAACGUAUUGCGCCUGAAGCAAUGUUCAUGCAGUCCCGGCUAUACCGGUGCUCUGUGUGCCACUGAGAUAUUCACAAGUUGUUCAUCGUCCUAUUGCCACUACAAUGGCGACUGUACGUCGGACCCGUUUGGACAGGAGUCAUGUUCCUGCCAUGCCGGGUUCCUUGGCCUAUGGUGCGAAGCAGUGGAUACUUCAAAUGAUAUCAGCUCAGCUCCCGACACCAAGUCCAGCCCGAGAACAGCCAUAAUCGCCUCGAUCAGCGUAGCUAUCGGCGCAUUGCUGUGUGUCACCGUCGUGCUAGUAUGUCUGAUCCUUCGCUCGGCCAGAAAAAGAAGGCUGAAUCGUAACCACCAGCUCCUGAUGGCGUCGGAGGAGGACCAAGUGGGCACAUGCCCUGCACCACCAGCAACAAUACCAGCAAUGACACCAGCUACAUCCGGUGCAUGUCAAGUGGCUCCUGCAGCUCCGUGCACUCAAGCUGACAACGCCGAUAGCCCGACUUCGCCGGUAGUGUCGGCCUCCAUUCAUACAGCCAGUGGAGGCAACGCUGAUGCAUCCCUGAACGUUCACACAAUCCUGAGGGAGGACAAGUGUUCUGAGUAUGCUGCUGGCACCGUGCCCCAGCCAACGCACAACCCACACGAUACUGCAGAUGCAAUAUCCCAGCCAAUACAAAACCCACAUCAUGCAGCCUGUGCAACGUCCCAGCCAACACACAACCCACAUCAUGCAGCCAGUGCAAUGUCCCAGCCAACAUACAACCCACAUCAUGCAGCCAGUGCAACGUCCCAUCCUGCUCACAACACAUGCUGUACCGCCUACACAAUGCUCCAUCCAGCACACAAUCCACAUCAUGCGGCAGGUAUGAUUCCCCAGCCAGCAUACAAUCCACAUCACACAGCCGGUGCAAUGUACCAUCCAGCACACAACCCACACGAUACCAUGUACACAAUGCCCCAUCCAGCAGCACACGACACACACCACACGGCAGGCACAACGGAGCAGAAAGGAUACCUGCCUGACCACGUGCCCACGCACACACCUGGUGCUUCAAUACCUGGACCGGCCAGUAUGGCAGGCUUCUCGGCCGACCAAGCAGCUGCCAUCGCCGCUACCGCCCCGCCAGCUUAUGAGGAUGCCGUUCCAAUGUCCCAGCGUGUCAAGCAUUGAUUGUGUCACAAGGCAAUCAUCGAUGCUUUCGAUUUACACAGGAUGUGAAAGCUUACGGCUGCAGACAACAACUAGGUACGUCUCUCCAAAUAUUGUUAGUGACCGUCAACAUGUUAUAAAGCUGCAUUUCCCAUCUUAAUUCCCUCCAAUUGAGGAUUUUUAAAAGGUGUAUUUUAUUGACUUGUCAAUGCUCCUUCAUGAUAGAUAUACACAUUGCAUGAUCAUCCCACUUUCUCAGGCUUUGUUCCAAUGCACCUGUAAGUGGUGUGUUGUGGCUGUCAAGCCCGCAUUACAUAUCGACCUGCAUUACAUAUAGACCUGCAUUACAUAUAGACCUGCAUUACAUAUAGACCUGCAUGGCAUAUCGGCCUGCAUUGCAUAUCGGCCUGAAUCAUUUACUUUCAUUGUCGGGUGUUUAGCCUUCCCAUGGAUAUUGCUUUUAAACAGGUCCGUGGAAGAAAGAACAACUCACUGAUUGCUAUUAUGUAACAAGAAGCCUCGUUCGCUUGGCACUUCAUUCUACCUCUCAGAUCCUUUUCGUAUUACCAAUACCUUUUUCCACCAUUGACCCAUUAGAUCGUUAGGCUACUCUCGCUAGAUAAGGACAGUAGUAUGUCAAGUCAAUAGAGAAUCUGUUAGAUGAAAAUUUAUGAAUCACCACACAUGUUUUUCUGUUCAAAUCUUGCGGAGAGCUAUUAUAGAACAUUUAUCAUGCAGCUUCUGUUUUUUUUCUUUUUCAUUAUUUACGUCCUACACUUCUGAA